GAAAUACCGGAAAGAAGAAACCAAAUUCUCACCCAAAAAUUGAGACAUAAUGACAAUGUAACGAAUAUUCAUGGCACCAAAAAUAUAAGUUUACAAAUCAGAGGUUUCUUUUGUAAUACGUUAUUAAAGAUGGAAUGCUUCCUAAUGGUUUCCAUAACACGCUUCAACAAAACUCAAAUAAUGAUAUUACAGAAAGAAAUACAAUUAUUAUUCUCAAAAUGUUGAAUGAUUUAUAAAAUAGAAGAAAGAAAUAAUCGUUACUAAAAGAGAGAGAAGCCAACUAGCACAUCUUAUCUUUAUCAUUUCUACAACUGUAGAUAGUGUACAGAGGCUGAAUAUCACAUGCAGUCAACUUCCUCCAAUUUACGGCCAGCAGCUGCGCCCUCCCAUCCCGCUCCUAGUCAAGUCUACAACUGAAGAUGAACUCUAAGAGGUCACUUUAAGAGAAGUUGUCGUACUCGAAACAAGAAUGUGGACUCGGGUAGUAAUAUUCUUUACAUUCAAUUUAUGCUUUCAACUUGUGCGUUGUGACUCUUCUAGGAUUAUUGUGGUAGGCGCUGGAAGUGCAGGUAUAGCCGCAGCUUCAAAGCUCUUUGAGAAUGGCUUCAAAAAUGUCACUAUUUUGGAAGCAGAAAAUCGCAUUGGAGGUCGAGUGUGCCGUAAACAGCUCGGAGAGUACUUUGUAGACCUUGGAGGUCAAUGGGUCCAUGGGAAAGUAGGCAACGUUGCAUAUGAAAUGGCAUCGCCACUUGGCUUGAUAGAGGAAAAUCCAAAUCCACUACUUAAUCUAUCGAUCUUCGAUUCUUCAGGGUCUCAGCUUGAUCACGAAAUCACUAAAAAUAUUUCGGAUUUCUUCAUAAACUUAAUGGAUGACGACGUUAAGUUCGCACCGAAGCAUACGAACGCUUCGAUUGGUGACAUUGCAAUUAAAGAAUUUCAGGAUUACUUCAAAGAGCAUCCUGAGAUUAAUUCGGACUUAAGUCAAGGUCUUCUAUACAUGUUCGAGUUGAUGGAACUGACGUUGGAUUCUGCCGAUAAUUGGACGGACAUUUCUCUCCAAACCUAUGGAGAAUAUUGGCCGUGCACUGGCAGUCAACUGUACGGUUGGAAAGAAAAAACUUAUGCCACAAUCUUAGACAUUCUGAUGAAAAAGUACCCAGACCCGGGAAAGGAACUUCCCGUGCUGAACAAUACUAUUCUCAAUGCUGAGGUGACCAAAAUUGAUUAUAGUAAUGAUAUAGUAUCGAUAACUACUAAUCGGGGUGAUGUAUACUCAGCGGAUUAUGUUAUCGUGACACCGUCUUUGGGUGUUCUGAAAGAACAACACCAAACUUUGUUCGAGCCUCCUUUACCUGACUGGAAAGUCAAUGCUAUCGAGGGUAUAAAUUUUGGAAACGUGGCAAAAAUUUUUCUGUUGUUCGAAGAACAAUGGUGGCCAGAAAUGUUUUACGCAACUUUCGCAUGGAAGGAGACGGAUAGAUUGGAACUCGAGAAAGAUCCGAAAAAGAAAUGGCUGCGAGGAUUUUUUUCUGCUUUCUCGGAUAACUACAGACCUAAAUUGUUAUGUGGCUGGAUGAGUAGUACUGCAGCACGAGAAAUGGAGCAAGUUUCCGAAGAAGACGUCCUGGAAGGUGUAACGGAAGUCCUUCACAGGUUUAUAGGAAAAGAUUAUAAUAUUACAAGGCCUGUAAAGUUAUUAAGGAGUCAAUGGUACAGCAACAAACAUUUUCGAGGAACCUAUAGCUAUCACGGCAUCGAGACGGAAAGUAGAAACGUUAAACCUGCCCAGUUGGCGGAGCCUUUGACGAAAAACGAUAAACCAGUCGUUUUAUUCGCCGGAGAAGCAUCAAACGACCACCAUUUCUCAACAGUCCACGGCGCAAUUGAGACUGGAUGGAGAGAAGCUGAUAGAAUUAUAAAACUGGAGUCAAAUUAAUGUUUUUAGAAAAUAUUAGAUAAUUUCAGUUGAUUACAUGGAUGAUUAUUGAAGUAGUAUAUACCACUGGAUAUUGCAUACAUUGUUACAAGGAAAUAAAAUAUAAGCUGUAAAAAACCAA